CUCUCAGAAUAAAUAAAUAAACUCCAAAGAAAAUAAUUUUAUGAGAAAGAGACAGCUGAAUCUCAUCAUCCAGCUGUCAGGAGUUGAAUUCUCUGUUGCAGUACACAGAUGUCUGUUAAGUGACCGGCCAUGUCGCUGUCCCACUUGUACCGGGAUGGCGAAGGCCACAUGGAUGAUGACGAGGACGAGCGGGAGAACUUUGAGAUCACCGACUGGGAUCUCCAGAAUGAAUUCAACCCCAACCGGCAGCGCCACUGGCAGACCAAGGAAGAGGCCACGUACGGAGUGUGGGCAGAGCGAGACUCGGAUGAAGAGAGGCCCAGCUUUGGAGGCAAACGGGCCCGAGACUACUCCGCGCCAGUCAACUUCAUCAGCGCCGGCCUCAAGAAAGGGGCAGCAGAGGAGGCGGAGCUGGAAGAUUCCGACGACGAGGAGAAGCCUGUUAAGCAGGAUGACUUUCCUAAGGAUUUCGGACCCAAGAAGUUAAAGACGGGUGGCAAUUUUAAACCCAGCCAGAAAGGCUUUGCAGGAGGAACCAAGUCUUUCAUGGAUUUUGGCAGCUGGGAAAGACACACCAAGGGAAUUGGACAGAAGCUUCUGCAGAAGAUGGGCUACGUCCCUGGAAGGGGGCUCGGGAAGAAUGCACAAGGUAUCAUUAAUCCAAUCGAAGCCAGACAGAGAAAGGGCAAAGGUGCCGUGGGCGCUUACGGCUCUGAGCGUACCACUCAGUCCCUGCAAGACUUCCCCGUGGUUGACUCAGAAGAAGAAGCGGAAGAGGAGUUUCAGAAGGAGCUGAGCCAGUGGAGGAAAGACCCCAGCGGAAGCAAGAAGAAGCCCAAAUACUCUUACAAGACGGUGGAGGAGCUGAAAGCCAAGGGCAGGAUCAGCAAGAAGCUCGCUGCCCCCCAGAAGGAGCUUUCUCAGGUCAAGGUCAUCGACAUGACCGGCCGGGAGCAGAAGGUCUACUACAGCUACAGCCAGAUCAGCCACAAGCACAGCGUCCCCGACGACGGGCUGCCGCCACAGUCCCAGCCGCCGCCACCGCCCGGCAAAGAGGCCAAGGCGCCGGGCUUCGCGCUGCCCGAGCUGGAGCACAACCUGCAGCUGCUCAUCGACCUCACGGAGCAGGAGAUCAUCCAGAGUGACCGGCAGCUGCAGUACGAGCGCGACAUGGUGGUCAACCUGUCGCACGAGCUGGAGAAGAUGUCGGAGGUCCUGGAGCACGAGGAGCGGGUCAUCGCCAACCUCAGCAAGGUCCUGGAGAUGGUGGAGGAGUGCGAGCGGCGCAUGCAGCCUGCCUGCGGCGACCCCCUCACCCUGGACGAGUGCGCCCGCGUCUUCGAGACCCUGCAGGACAAGUACUACGAGGAGUACCGGAUGUCCGACCGUGUGGACCUGGCUGUGGCCAUCGUCUACCCGCUCGUGAAGGAGUACUUUAAGGAGUGGGACCCGCUCAAGGACUGCGCGUACGGCACGGAGGUCAUCUCCAGGUGGAAGAGCCUCCUUGAGAACGACCAGCUCUUAUCUCACGGUGGGCAGGACCUCUCGGCGGACGCCUUUCACAGGCUGAUAUGGGAAGUCUGGAUGCCAUUUGUUCGAAAUAUCGUCACUCAAUGGCAGCCGAGGAACUGUGACCCGAUGGUGGACUUCUUGGACAGCUGGGUGCAAAUUAUUCCCGUGUGGAUCUUAGAUAACAUACUGGAUCAGCUCAUCUUCCCCAAGCUGCAGAAGGAGGUGGAAAACUGGAACCCGCUGACGGACACCGUGCCCAUCCACUCGUGGGUCCACCCGUGGCUGCCCCUCAUGCAGGCGCGCCUGGAGCCGCUCUACUCCCCCAUCCGCAGCAAGCUGUCCAGCGCCCUGCAGAAGUGGCACCCCAGCGACUCCUCGGCCAAGCUCAUCCUCCAGCCCUGGAAAGACGUCUUCACCCCCGGCUCCUGGGAGGCAUUCAUGGUCAAGAACAUAGUGCCCAAGCUGGGGAUGUGUCUUGGGGAAUUAGUCAUUAACCCUCACCAGCAGCACAUGGAUGCUUUUUACUGGGUCAUCGACUGGGAAGGAAUGAUCUCCGUCUCCAGCCUGGUGGGGCUUCUCGAAAAGCACUUCUUCCCCAAGUGGCUUCAGGUGCUGUGCUCUUGGCUUAGUAACAGCCCAAAUUAUGAGGAGAUCACCAAGUGGUACCUGGGUUGGAAGUCCAUGUUCUCAGAUCAAGUGCUGGCACACCCAUCCGUCAAGGACAAAUUCAACGAAGCGCUCGAUAUCAUGAACAGGGCAGUGUCCUCCAACGUCGGUGCCUACAUGCAGCCCGGGGCACGGGAGAACAUCGCCUACCUCACCCACACGGAGCGGAGGAAGGACUUCCAGUACGAGGCCAUGCAGGAGCGACGGGAGGCUGAGAACAUGGCCCAGAGGGGCAUUGGCGUGGCCGCCAGCUCCGUGCCCAUGAACUUCAAGGACCUCAUUGAGACCAAGGCCGAGGAGCACAACAUCGUCUUCAUGCCGGUCAUCGGGAAGCGACACGAAGGGAAGCAGCUCUACACGUUUGGCCGCAUCGUCAUCUACAUCGACCGCGGGGUGGUGUUCGUCCAGGGCGAGAAGACCUGGGUGCCCACCUCCCUGCAGAGCCUGAUUGACAUGGCCAAGUAGAGGGCAGCAGGCUGGACACGUGCACUGGAGACGGACGUGGUUAUGAAUAAACAGUGUUUGAAACCGGCCUUGAAAGAGUACUUACUCUCCAUCCGGGAGUAUUCCCUAUUGGGUCAGGUUGCCAGCAAAGGACAUAAGACACAACACUCAGGAGGUACAUCUUUAUGCCGAGCCCUUCCACAGCACGUCCUCGUCUAAGGGGGAGAACCGAAUGGAAUAUUCCCGGUGCUCUGCAAUCUGGCCCACUGCAAAGAAGGGGGCUGUCGGCACUCCCUCCGUGGAGCCUCCCCCGUCCUCUCCGGGGGCAGCUGCUUCUGCCUCGGCUGGCACUGUGUCAUGGCGACUUCAGGUCAGCAACCGAAGGACUUCUUGUCUUGUUCCUGAUGAUUUCAAGGUCCUCACAGUCCCCAUAGUCUGGUUCUUCCCGAAAUGCCCACGUGUCCAUGGGGAGCUGUUCUAACUUCUGUACAGGGAACCAGUGGACGGAGGUGUCGUUGAAUACGUCCGCGUACUGUGGCGUCUCCGGCAGCCCAAGCUCCUCCAGUCCCUGCAAAACCUGAGCAGGAACAUUCAGAUGUAAAAUGUACAAACCGGACGGUCACAGUAAACCCCACGCUCCUGUGUGUGAUCUGUUAGUCACCCCAUGUUACCUUAAAAAAAAUAAAAGGACUAGGAUAUUUUAACUCAA